UUUUAAUCUAGCUUGUCUGUCUGAGUUCCUUUCUACAGUUAAUGAUCUAUAAUGGUUUUGCCUUUAGUUUUGCCUUCUGGGUCAAAGCAAGCCAAUAGUCUUCAGAUAUUUAAAAACCAUCAGUGUGAAACUCCCGAGUCAUCCACCUUCUUUUUUUUCUCCUUGUGGAUGAAUUUACAGCUUAACCAGUACAAUGGUAUUCCCCUUACAACUCCUUUAUUCUCCCAGAGAUGGGCAGCAGUGAACCCCUUCCAAUUGUGGAAAGUGACAAGAAAAGGAAGAAGAAGCGGAAAGCCCGGGCUACUGACUCCAUCCCAGGAAAAUUUGAAGAUAUGUACAAGCUGACCUCUGAAUUACUUGGAGAGGGAGCCUAUGCCAAAGUUCAAGGUGCCGUGAGCGUGCAGAAUGGCAAAGAGUAUGCUGUCAAAAUCAUUGAAAAACAAGCAGGGCAUAGUCGGAGCAGAGUAUUUCGAGAGGUGGAAACUCUUUAUCAGUGUCAAGGAAGCAAAAACAUUUUGGAGCUGAUUGAGUUCUUUGAAGAUGACACACGCUUUUACUUGGUCUUUGAGAAACUACAAGGAGGUUCCAUCUUAGCCCACAUCCAGAAGCGGAAACACUUCAAUGAGCGGGAAGCCAGCCAUGUAGUGAGAGAUAUCGCCACUGCCCUUGACUUUCUACACACCAAAGGCAUUGCUCAUCGUGAUCUGAAGCCAGAAAAUAUACUGUGUGAAUCUCCAGAAAAGGUGUCUCCAGUGAAAAUUUGUGACUUUGACUUGGGCAGUGGUGUGAAACUGAACAAUUCCUGCACCCCUAUAACCACGCCAGAGCUGACUACACCUUGCGGUUCUGCAGAAUACAUGGCCCCAGAGGUGGUGGAGGUCUUCAGGGACGAGGCUACUUUUUACGACAAGCGCUGUGACCUGUGGAGCUUGGGCGUGGUCCUGUACAUCAUGCUGAGUGGCUACCCUCCCUUUGUAGGCCACUGCGGGGCUGACUGUGGCUGGGACAGGGGUGAGGUCUGCAGGGUGUGCCAGAACAAGUUGUUUGAAAGCAUCCAGGAAGGAAAGUAUGAGUUUCCCGACAAGGACUGGGCACACAUCUCCCAAGAGGCCAAGGACCUCAUCACCAGGCUCCUGGUUCGAGAUGCAAAGCAGAGACUGAGUGCGGCCCAGGUUCUGCAGCACCCAUGGGUGCAGGGGCAAGCUCCAGAAAAGGGACUUCCCACGCCGCAAGUCCUCCAGAGAAAUAGCAGCACCUUGGACCUUACCCUCUUCGCGGCUGAGGCCAUCGCCCUGAACCGCCAGCUGUCAGAGCAUGAGGAGAGUGAACUGUCCGAGAAGCCGGAGGCGCUGGCAGAGGCUAUGUGCUCUGUGAAGCUUUCCCCUCCUGCCAAGUCUCGCCUGGCCCGACGGAGAGCACUUGCCCAAACAGGCCGCAGUGCGGACACAACUCCAUGCCCAGCACCCACAGCACCUUGAGCCCCUUUAGCCUGUCAGGAGUGUCCCCUCUGGAAGUCUUGUGACCCACUUGUGCCAAGCAGGGAAAGGACCUGCUUU